GCAAAGAAGCGGCCGCCCCAAACGCACCCGCCCUGGCCGACGAACGGAGCCGGAGGGGGGGGGAGCACACACCCACUACUACUCUACCACCACGAGCGAAGCAAGAGCAAGAGCAAGAGCAAGAUACAUACAUACGCCCGCCCACCCGGCCAGAGAGCAGAGCGAGCGAGACGCCAUGUCCAUGGAGGCCGACGACGACGACGUGUGGGGCGCGGUCACCACCAGCCCCAGCGCCUCGCCCCCGCCGGCCAUCUCCACCGCGCUCAGCCUCAACACCCGCCUCCAGCUCCUCGCGGCCGCCGGCUCCCCGUUCCACCCGGGCGGGGGCUGCUACCGCAAUGCGGCCGCGUCCCCGUCCCCCUUCUUCUCCUCCGCCGCGGCCUCCUUCCCGCGCAUCGCGCCCCUCGACGCCGGCCCCGCCCGCCGCGCGCUCGAGCGCGAGAUGUGCUACGGCCACGCCGCCGCCGCCUGGCCCGGGCCCCCCGGCGCCGGCGCCGGCGCCCCCGCGCCCGUGGACCGGCGCAAGAAGCGCAUGAUCAAGAACCGCGAGUCGGCGUCCCGCUCCCGCGCGCGCAAGCAGGCCCACGUCACCCAGAUCGAGUCGGAGGUGCACCAGCUGCGCGAGGAGAACGAGCAGCUCCGCCUCAAGUACGACCAGCUCAAGGCUUCGGUGGAAGUGUCGGUGCCGGUGCCGGUGCGGAAGACCCUGCAGAGGGUGCUCUCGGCGCCCUUCUGAUUCUCCCCCAAGGGAUCGAGAUCGAGGCAGCCUACUGCUGCUCCCACAACCACCGCCCGCCGCUACUACUCACAUAGCUCUAGAGUGUUACUAGUAACUAGUAGCAGCUACUACCAGGAUGAUCGUCCAUGGAAUGUAAAUCCAUAAGGAUAUUAUCAAUUUUUUCCUUUUCCUUGACUUUCACUAGGCCGGGCUAUCUCCAACUUUUGGUCCCUCAGCUAAACCAGAGGUGGCGAUGUGUGCCCAAGGAAGGGAAGAACACGCACGCAGACGCAGCAGCUUAUUUUGUACAGCGCCAACUGCUGCUGCUACUCUACUUACUAAGUAGUAAUGUUAUUAGCCUAUCUUGGUUGUGGAUUAGCCAGGCAGCAGCUAGUUGUUUCGCUGACUUGGUGAUUAAUGAUACUAGUAUUAUGGUGCUAA